AGCCGCGGGCCCGCGCCGUCAACAGACAAGAUGGCGGCGGCGGCGGCGCCCCGGGCCUUGGGCAGUCUGCGGGCCGGCCGCGCUCGCUUGGCGGCCGCUUGCUGCGCUCGCUGGCGGCUGGGCCCCGGGGCGAGGCUGCCCGGCUCCUGGAGGGGCCCGCGGGUCGCGCCCGCGGUGUGGGCGCGGGGCUGGGCGUGCGCGGCCGGGGGCUCGGCCCCGCGGAGGGGCUACGGCUCGGACGUGAGGCCGGAGGACGAGCUGCGGGUGCGCCACCUGGACGCGGAGAACCGAGGAAUUGUGGUGCUGGGAAUAAACAGAGCUUAUGCCAAAAAUUCAUUCAGUAAAAAUCUGAUAAAAAUGCUCUCAAAAGCUGUGGAUGCUUUAAAAUCUGAUAAGAAAGUGCGGACCAUAAUAGUCCGGAGUGAAGUCCCGGGGGUAUUCUGUGCUGGUGCUGACCUUAAGGAGAGAGUCAAAAUGAAUCCCAGUGAAGUUGGUCCUUUCGUCUCCAAAAUAAGAGCGGUGAUUAAUGAAAUCGCUAAUCUGCCGGUGCCCACCAUCGCGGCGAUCGACGGGCUUGCCUUGGGCGGUGGCCUCGAGCUGGCUCUGGCGUGCGACAUUCGCGUGGCAGCUUCCUCCGCGAAAAUGGGCUUGGUCGAGACGAAGUUGGCAAUUAUUCCUGGUGGAGGGGGGACGCAGCGCCUGCCGCGUGCUAUUGGGGUGUCCCUGGCCAAGGAGCUCAUCUUCUCUGCGCGCGUGCUCGAUGGCCAAGAAGCCAAAGCCGUGGGCCUGAUCAGCCACGUGCUGGAACAGAACCCAGAGGGGGACGCCGCCUACCGCAAGGCCCUGGACCUAGCCCGAGAGUUUUUACCUCAGGGACCCAUUGCAAUGAGAGUGGCAAAAUUAGCAAUUAAUCAAGGGAUGGAGGUUGAUUUAGUAACAGGAUUAGCCAUCGAAGAAGCUUGUUAUGCUCAGACGAUUCCAACAAAAGACAGGCUUGAAGGUCUUCUUGCUUUUAAAGAGAAGAGGUCCCCGCGCUACAAAGGAGAGUAGAAGACACAGAAAUGCUCGCAGCCCCAGGGUAAGGAGCGCAGCUCUGGAAGGAUCUUUCGGACCCACACAUGCCUCCGCGCCUGGAGACCCAAUGACCAAAGUGAGCCUCUGUCGAGUGAGUUCAGCUUCUGGAGCAGACCCAUCUGUGUACGUCGCUCAAAUGUGCGUCUUGUCGCGUUCCCUCAGAUUUACAAAGCUAGUAGUGCAUACUGUCAGAGUCAACAUAGGGACACAUUUUUAAAUAUUUCCUGCAUAUGAGGCUUUCUGUUCUUGAUUUUUUAAUGUGAAUAAUUUAUAUAUUGCACAUUCUAGGAAAUAAUAUCGAUUGUAUGUCUACUGUGCUGCAAUACGAAAUAAAAUUAUUUCUAUAUACCAAAAAUGUGAAGUUAUACCAAAUAAAGUUUCUAAGGGAUUAUACAGUACAUCCACGCAUAAUACAUCUCAGACUGAGAAAGGAAUUGGAAGACUCUGAGUGAAAAUUACCAAAUAAAAAUAAAAUUGGUGGAAAGAAAA